UUCCCCUUUUGGCGUAUCAUACUAUAUACUAGUACGGUCUCGAAUUUAUUUUUUGACACUCCCACUUUCCGAUUUUCCCUCGUCCAUUCAACUCGACAAGUCAACGAAAAGCUAAGUAAGUUUUUCUGUUUUGAGGAACUUUGAGCCGGGAGCUGGUAAAUUAAGACUUAUCCACGGAUGAUUUAUCGGUGGCUUCCCUUCAGGACCAACACUUCAAGCAACUAAUUACCCAAGCCUUCUACGAUAUUGAUACACUUCAUUAUGAGGUUUCUUCUAUCCUUGUCUGCAUUGGUGUUCUCUCUGAUGACCUUGAGCCAUGGUGAAGGUCACCUUGAUAGCAGUAAUACGGAAGAUGAUAACACUGUGGACGGAGUCUCGGGAAGCAAAGAAUCGCCGGUCGGGUCCAAACUAGAAUGGGAUCCUAAUGGAUACUUUACAUUUUGUCCCUGCAUGGGGAGGUUUGGAAACCAAGCAGAACACUAUCUGGGAGCCUUAGCUUUUGGUAAAGCAAUGAAUAGAACAAUUAUCUUGCCUCCUUUCAGGACAUAUGUCAACAUCCCUUUCACAGACUGGUUCCAGUUUGAGCCUCUUCUAGAGUUCUAUCCCCGUCUCAUUACCAUGGAAACAUUCAUGGAGGAGCUAGCUCCCAAGUACUGGCCUGAGGAUGAGAGGAAGGGUUACUGCUGGCUUAAUCUCAAUAGUGAUUCUCCAUGUGAAAUGAAGAGAGGGAAUCCAUUUGGACCAUUCUGGGAUGGCUUUGGUAUUGAUUUUGCGGAAGAGUUGAAAUUUGAGAUUUUCAGUCAUGCCGAUAUUAGCGAUGAACAUAGAAUGGCCAACAUGAAGGAGCAAUGGGAUAGAAGUUUCCCAGUGAAGGACCAUCCUGUUCUAGCGUUGAAAGGGGCACCAGCUCCCUUCCCGAUGAAAGAAGCUAACCGCAAGAUCCAGAACUUCUUUAAAUGGAACGAGGGAUUGUUUGCUGAGGCCAAACAUCACAUGGAUGAACUAUUUAACGGAGAGCCUUAUGUUGGGAUUCAUCUUCGCACUGGCAUUGAUUGGGUGAAAGCUUGUGAGAGUGUGGAAGGGAUAAGACAAAUGAUGGCAUCACCACAAUGUCAUAAGGUGGGGGAGGAGCCUGUUACCAAGGCGAUGUGUUACCCUACCAAAGAGAUGGUACUAGAAGAAACAAGAGCAGCAGUGGAGAAAUAUAGGACGAGGCAUGUCUACAUAGCUACUGAUAAACUAUCCUAUCAGAUAGAAAUACAAAAACUGUUUGGAGAUAAGGUCAAAGUUCACCAUCUUGACCCCCACUUGCCGCAGAUUGAUCUCAUUAUUCUUGGCCAAUCAGAAUUCUUCAUUGGUAAUUGUGUCUCAUCGUUUACCUCAUUUGUGAAGCGGGAGAGAGACGGGAAUGGGAAACCCUCAACAUUCUGGAGUUUAGGCCUUUGAUGUAGUUAAAAUUACCUCAAAACCAACAAUAAGUUGCCCAAAUUAAUUCUGGAAUUACAAUUUAGCCUGAAAAAGCACUUUUAAGCUGUAUGAAGACGAUGUAUAGCUUGUUAAUAUUGAACAAUAAUCCCACACAAGUAGUUGAUUGAAUACAGAAGAAAUUCUGUGAGAACUCAUUCAAAGAUUCAGGAGAAAACAAGUUUUGAAGUUUGGGGUUCACCUAAGCUUGAGAUGUGCACACCGUGCAAUCUCGAUGAACCAUCCACGCAGUCUAGAAAAAAAAAUAUGUUGUC